AUGGCCUACUCCCGAACAAACAAUUCAACAAGGGCAACAAUCGAUCGCUCUGAGCUAUACGGCUCUGGAACGUUCAAGUAUGUGUACGCUGGUACUUACACUGCCGGUGCUCGGAAAGGUCAACCUUGCGUCGCAAAAGAAUUCAAGUCUGGCUGUGUCGUCGAAGACCACUAUUUCGAUGAAGAAAUGAAUAUUUGCGCCAAAUCCCAAGAAAUUAUUGACGAGUUCAACGAAGUUGGUAUCAUGAACCAAGAAGUUUAUUUAAAUACUCCAGAAAUCUGGGAGUAUAACGGCCGCCGGUCUCCCCAGAAGGGUCAGAAAGUCUUAAUCGAACCAAUGAUUCAAAACUUCGAGAAAUUCAAUAGCAAUUCUGGUUGGGCUUUAUCGGAGCCUACAGGUUGGGCUGCUGCCUUGCAAUCGCUUAGCCACUUCUCCUACGACAAUUCUGGUGGACAGCUCCUGCUUUGCGAUCUCCAGGGUGGUAUAUACAACGAUGGAUUCGUCUUGACCGAUCCAGUCAUCAUGUCCCGAGCCCAGAACUGUGGUCCUGCAGACCUAGGGAUGGACGGUAUCAUGUCUUUCUUCCAGAGGCAUAGGUGUAACGGGUUUUGCGACGCCUCGUGGAGGAAACCACCAGUUCUGGGCAAAGCAAAAAUUCGCAUGCACCAAGGCACUACAAUGCAGGCGUACCUGCCAACAAGAUCAUCUCGUACACCUCUCACUGUGCCAGGAAGACGUUUUCGUUGA